CGGAUUGCCCCGCCUCUAUCUAUCUGCAUCCCUACUUCGUCUUCGUCGCGAACAUCAUCUCCCUCAACAUGGCGAACCGUCAACUCGCUCGUGAUAUGCAGGUCGAGUUCCAGGCCAGGUUCCAAGCAAAGCAGGCGAGAAGAGAAGCCCAAAAGGCCGCCAAACAGGAUCCCAUCUUGAAGAAGCAAAUCCAAGACUUGCUCAAGGCCGGCGACACUACGAAAGCCUACCAGAAAGCCAAGAUGCUCCUCUCCAAGCAAGCCCUCGCUCAACAGAUGGAUCAGAUGGCCGACAUGGCCGAGCUCUCGGCUGCCCAGAUCCAAGCAAACAAUUCCAUGAACCGCAUGACCCACAUGAUGGGCCAGUCUUCCCGCACCAUGGCCAUGGCACAGAGGAAUAUGAACCCGGAGAAGACCCUCGUCACCCUCGAUCAAUUCAAGCAGCAAAACGAAGAAUAUGCAAUGUCCAACGGAAUCUACCAGGACGCCAUUUCUCAGUCCACCAGCGCCCAGGUUUCUGAAGACGCGGUGCACGAGCUCCUCGGAAAGCUGGCCGACGAUGCCGGCGUGCAGCUCAGCCAGCAGCUCAAUAGCGCCACCCCUGCCAAGGCCGAGCCCGCUUCAGCUACCACCGAGCCUACGGCCGAGGAGGAAGACGCCCUUCAGCAGAGGCUUCGCGCCUUGAGGGCUUGAAGGGAGACACAUUUGCGUAUGCGGCAAGCUGGCUUUUGCCUCGCGUGACCUUAAUGACAAUGCUUUUGGGAUGAUGACGAUUUUCGAUUUCACAUCGGGUUGGUUUGAUAUGGCGUUCUUUUGUUCCCCGUCUUCUUCUCUCUUUUUAGGACUUCUCGGGUGGAUAGGUUGCAUUCGAUGAUGGUCUGAAUACACCAAAUAAAUCUUAUCAUAUCAUAUAGGUUGGCGAUGGGAGAUUCUUUAACCACUUUAUUUAUAAAAACUUUGGUUUUGCCGUCAUGCCAUGCCGGAAGAUCAGGAGAGUAUCAGCAACGGAGUUUUUCCGAGGAUCCUUUACCUGUUAUACCUAGAUCCUACCUAUGUCUAUAACGUCUAAUGU